GGCACUUCAGUUCGUUUCGCACACGGAACCGGUGAACGCUGGAGUCUGCCUUCGUCCGAUUGCUCGGCGAUUUCUAGUUGGUAUUUCGUCGAGACAAGACACCUGUUCGUUGAGUGCGCGAUUAGUGCGUUCACACUACAGACGGUGCGGUGAAAAAGUGCAAAGCAAAUCUAAUGAAAAAUGUGCAAAAAUCUGCUAUAAAUAUUUUGAAAAAUCAACAAAUGCACGUUGUAUACACACAAGACAAAUAAUAACGGGGUAUAACGAAAAAUUACGGUAUAUUGUAAGCCGGUUGUUGUUAUUGUUGGCGCCAUAUUGCAAUUAUAAAUGUGCUGAUAUUUCACUCAAUUGCCUCAAUCGAUUGGCAAUGGCCGAAAUUAGAAAUCAUAUUUUAGACAAUUUUUCCGAUUUUAUUGUCUGUGUGCUAUUGUGGCCAAUAACGGUUAUAUGGCGAUUCAGUGGUGUGUUUUCCACGAUUUGCAAGCCUCAUUACCGAUUGCAACUUUUUGUAAUUUUUGUUGCAGUUUUUUACAAAAUUGUUUAUUUUUCAUUUAACAGUGUGACAACGGACGGAAUACCGUUACUUAUGCACUGAAAGCAGUUAUUCGAAGCGAAUCGAUUUCUAACUUUUACCGCCUCUGUAAACUACUCAAUCAUUGUACUAAUUUUCGCAACUUACUUAAGCAUUUAAUUUGCUUACGAAUGCACUAGUAUAUUUACAUAUGUGUACAUAUAUAUAGGAGAGUUAUAUAUAUAUAUAUACAGUACGAACUCGGUAAUCGCAACUAAUAGAAAUCUAGGUAGUUGCACUUAUUGAGUUUGUUGCACCCAACGAGGAAAAAUAUAUAACAAGAAAUAUGACAAAUGAAAAUCGUUUUAUGAUAUAGAAAGCUUAUUUUUUUAUUAAAAAUUUUAUUUUUUAAACAUAUCGGGUAUUGUUGUCUGCACUUUCUUCUUAUUAAGUGUUUUUAUUAUAGCUCUUUCACGAAGCUCUUUCAGAAAUAUAAUGUCUUUUAUUGGAAUAUCGUUUUCCUCAGCCCACUGAAUGCAUGUGUUAAAAGAUUGCAUAGCAACUGAUCCUUUUAUUUUAGGAGGUGGAAUAACAUCCGCUUCGCUGUCAUCAGAAUUUUCAAUUUCUACGGCUUCUUUAUCCACUUCUUGAUAAGCAACACUUUCGUGCAUCCAUUCAUUUAGCUCUUCAUUUGUGAACGAAUCAUUUGGUGCAAGUUCUUGGAGCAUUGAUACAAGGAUUGCGCGUUCAUUUUUAAUUUCUCUUUUUAGAAUGCUGAGAGGAAUAUCGUCCUCUUCACUCCACUCAAUCUGGUUUCAUUAAAAUAUUCCAGCACUUGCGAAUGGAGCUUGCUGACACUUUUCCCCAUGAAUUUGCAAGAAGACAGAUAGCAUGUCUUAAGUUGAAUUCCUUUAUUUUUUCCUCCAGAUGAGUGGUUUUAUUCCCUAUUAAAUGCUCCAAAAGACUUUUUUUGUAAUAGACUUUUGUUAAGUUAAUAACGUUUUGGUCCAUUCGUUGGAGGAUCGCGGUACAGUUAGGAAGACACAUAACGGUUAUCAUUCCAUCAUCACUUUUCAUCUCAUUGUCUUUAGGAUGACACGGGGCGUUAUCCAAGACCAAUAGGGCUUUUUUGGGAAGUCCCUUGGAUUCUAGAAAUUCGCAUACCUAUAACAAUCCAAAAAAAUACAAAUAAAUUUUAAACAAAAAUUCAAUACAUUUCGUAUUUCUCACCUCAGGAACAAACGUAUGAUGAAACCAGUCUUCGAAAAACAAAGUCAUCCACGAGUUCUUGUUAGCCUUGUAGACAACGGGCAUUUUUUGAAAAUUUUUGAAUGCUCUAGGGUUUUUUGCUUUUCCAAUGACAAAAAGCUUAACUUUGUGCGUACCCGAAGCAUUUGUGCAUGCGAGAAAUGUUAUUCUUUCCUUACUAACUUUCCGACCAGGAGCAGAUGAUUCCUUGAAGCUCACCAACGUUUUAUCUGGUAUCUGCCUGAAAAACAAUCCGGACUCGUCGGCAUUGUAAAUUUGUUCUGCAGAAAGAUCAAGCUCCUUGAUUUUAUUUCUAAAACGUAUUACAAAUGGGCCGACGGACGCUGUCUUAUUGGAAAGCUUCUCUCCACAAAUUUUCAAGUGGCGGAGGCCAUAUCGCUUUUUGAAAUUAGAUACCCAACCAUUACUUGCAUGAAAACAUCCUGUCUUUUCUCUUAUUUUCUCAUGGAGCUUGCGAGCUUUUGCUUUGACGAUACCGACGGAUAUAGGCACAUUUUCACUCCUUUGUUUCAAAAACCACUUGUAGAGAGCCUUUUCCAUUCUUGGGUAUUCACAAGAUUUUAAGGUUUGACGUUUUCCUGGCCCAGCUUCCAUAUUUCUGGCAUAUUUAAGUAUACAAGCUUUUUUCUUCUUUAUUCUUGUUAUUGUCGACUUGUGAACUUUAUAAUCAAUGCAAAGAGCUUUGUCGAUACACCACUUUCUAGUUUAUCCAAAAUUUCAGUUUUUUCUUUAAAUGUUAGUUUUAUUAAUUUUUUUGUGACCACCAUGACUUUUACACAUAAAACACUACUGGCGUGUUGCAAAAUAAACUGAUAAUGAAAGUCAUUUGUUGACAAUUGCUCUUAACGCACACAAAAAACAGCAAAGUCGACAGAGCAACGGUAAAAUAACGAUCAGUUUGUGAAUACAUAACAAAAAAAUGCCAUAAGAAGAAACCGACAAAAAAGAACUGAUGCAAAAUAUAUUUAGAUGUAAAGUUGCAGUUAUUGAGGUCAAUAUUUUUGAGUAGUUGCACUUAUAAAGGUUACAAUGCUAUGUUUUAUAGUGUUGCAUGAAUCGAGGAGUUGCGUGUAUCGAGGGUUGCGGUUACCGAGUUUAUACUGUAUAUAAUACAUAUAUCACGUGCAAAUAUGCAAAUCACAUCUCAGCGCAUCGUAAAGUCGUUUGAGUUGUUGAGCACGCCAGUGCCCAGUGCAUUCCAAGGUGUACACGUCGUUCUGCCUGCUGAUCGAAGUGUUGACAUUUGUUGUUGUAAUACAAUAAAUAUUUUCAUUUGCAGCAUUUUGUUGAUUUGUUGACAAUGUGUCGUUGUAUUCCACUGAAAUGUGACUUUGUAUUGUUGGCCGUUGGACUGUUGUUGCAUAAAUUGUGAUCUCAUUGCUGCCGAAUGUGUUCGAAAACGCUGCGGAAAGUGCUAAUCAAUUCUGAUUUAUUAGACUGAGAAAUUUUUGUUGUUGUUGAUUUCAUGUCUCGACUUUGGUAGGUUAGGUUAGGUUAGGCUGGUAGGCCUGAAAGCCACACAUAGACCAGUUUUGGAGUCCCGUCACAUAGUCAAUGAGGAGUAGUGUUCCUUUAGGUAUCCUUUAUGUCCUUCGUCUUUUGACAUUUGCUUACCUUAUUAAAAUAGAUUUGAAGCUCCGGGCCAUCUUCGAAAACUGAUUAAAUUUAAAAAUGUAUGAAUUUUAUAGUAAAUUAAUAAAAUACAUGUUUAUCGCACUUGUAAUGAUAUUAUUCUAAAAUGCAGUUUACAAAAUCUUCUUUAAAUUUAGGCUAACAAAUUUUAGCUUAUCUAAGGAAAAACGUUUUCGAAUGAAAAUUUAUUUCUUCGACUUAAUAUCUAUACAUUGGUUACGGUCUUCCAACAUUUAGCUGCCUUUCGAUUGUGUGAAACCUAGUGGCCUUGACCUCCUCAUUUAAGUGAAAUAUUUUCCAGCGGACCAAACUAAGUUUUCCCGUUAGAUUGUGUCAUAAGCAAACAAAAUUUAAUCGCCGUUUUCCGAAGUUAGCUUCGAAUUUUGAAAAUAGACUUAUUGAAAAGCAAUAUAUAUUAAUUCCAGGAUGCAGUUACUAAAAAAUUAAUAUAUGGUUAUAAACAACUUUUUCUUUACAUCAUUGAACUACAACAUCAAGCUCAAGAUGAUUGACAGAUGCUAUGAGAGGUCAAAGUUGGUUGUUCGAAAAGAAAUAAAAACUUUAUAUUUCGAAAAAUACUGGACCAAAUUUUGAAAAUGAGAUAUCGUUAAAGGUUUUUCAUAAUGUACGUGAUUAUAUAAUACCAGUAAAAAUACUUCAGGCAAAAACUGUUAAGUGUAAACAUAUAUGUACAUCUAUUAUUAAAUGAGAAGAAAUAGGCUUUUAAACAAAAAGUUAAAUAAAAAGCUUUAAAAAUUGAUCUAGUAUUUUUUGAAAUCUAAUGAUACAUACUAUACUUAACAAUGGCGUUUUCAAAAUUCGAAGGCGAAUAUUUCGAUUUUGGAAGGAGGACUUCGAAAUUACGGAAGGAUGGUUUCUCGCAAUUUAUUCUUGAGCACAGCCGCUGUCUUUUUAUUUGCUGGAUUAUGUCUAUGUCGUCGAAGAACACAUACAGCUCAUCAUUCCAUCUUCUGCGGUAUUCGCCGUUGUCAAUAUUCAAAUGACCAUAAAUCUUCCGCAAAACUUUUCUCUCGAAAACUCCCAGUGCCGUCUCAUCGGAUGUUGACUCGUCCACGCUUCUUCACCAUAAAGUAGGACGGGAAUGAUGAGGGACUUCUAGAGUUUAGUUUUUGUUCGUCGAGAGAGGACUUUACUUUUCAAUUUCCUACUCAGUCCAUAGUAGCACCUGUUGGCAACGAUUAUUCAGCGUUGGAUUUCAUGUCAAACUUGAUUUGUGUUAAUGCUAGUUCCUAGGUAUACGAAAUUGUCUACAACUGCAAUUUAAUUGUUAAGAUAACACAAUUUGACCCAUUUAUUCGGCAUAAAGUCCACUUCAAUAAUCAUAUACAUGUAGUAUAUGGGGGUUGAUGUAAUUCCUGAACCGAUUUCAUCACCAAGGUAGACUAUGUCCAAAACUAAAAGCGAAUUUUUGAAAAACCUAUAAUUAGGUAUAUGGGAGAAGUUAUGACCCGAUUUUAACCAUUUUUAGAAGAAGAAAAUUCCCUCUAAACUACAAGAGAUUUAGCGAUGUUUUCGGUAAAAAAUUGUAGGCGACACCAUGCCCAUUUUCCUUUAAUAAAAUCAUAAGGAUUAUAAAAUAAAUUCAUUGUUAUUUUGAGAUUCCCACACCUUAGGAGCUCGCCUAACAAGUUGUAAUUGCCGCUAAAGACUUGAAAAUCGAUUUGCUUUGUUUACUAAUUUACACACGUAUUAUGUACCCAUUUACAUAGCGGACUAUGUAUGUAAAUACAAUGUAUGCAUAUUUAUGUAUAAAGUAAACAAAUAAUGAAAAUUUGUUUCGAAUUAUUAUUGAAUUUUUUCGUGAAUUUGUAAAAACAAAAGUAAAACGUGUAAAGCAUCAAUUUACACCAUUUAAUCGGCACCGAUUCACUCGUCGCCACAUAAAAUUCCGCGGAUUAUUUUCUCAUUGAUGAAAUUAUUUAUGUUCAGCUUAGAAAUCCUAAAUUAAGUUGAAUUAAACAAGAAGAACGCAAAAUUAGCAUUGGCAAUUUUUUGUGUGAAAAUUAGGUAUUGGCUGAAAAAACGCAGAACCCAACUGUAACGGAAUUAUUUGCAUAUAAAUGAGAUUUCACAGCCCACGCAAAUAAUUGAAGUACGAAAGCAAGAAGAAAGGGAAAACGCAAAGAAUAAUAAGCAAAAAUAAAAAAAUAAAGAGUCAAGAGUCAACAAUCAACAGUUUAUUUAUUUACGGCAAUCAAAUGGAAACACACUGAUGACAACAAGCCCUACAGCAUGAGUGCCAUAAAUCAGCCUUCCCUCACCACCGAAGCUGCCUCGACUAAAUUGACAAGGAAAAACAGCGUUUUCCCCGAACUAUUAACAAGGUCCUUCAAUUCGCGCGACGCCACUUCCAUGGCGCGGCAUACGCAGAGCCAACAAUCCAAUACGCUGAUAGACAGACUACGCAGACAGCCAGGUAGUAUGGCGGAGGGUCGUCUCCUUGCCAGCGGAAGCGGUGCACAGCACUUAAAAACUCUACUCUACAAGUUCCUGGCAAUAACGUCGACCGCCGCGACAGUUUCGGCCACACCCGCCGACGUGGCCGCCACAACGACAGCUACGACGGGCACACAGCUCACGCGCUUCACUGUUGCAACAGAGUCAACCGCAACAACGUCAAUUGCCACAAAUGCAACUUCGUUUGCGGCGACGCCGUCGACUUUCGCCACAACUCUGAGUGCCGUAUUCCCCAGCGUUGCAACCGCAAAUGCAUUUAUUCAAAUGAAUACCAUCACGGUCGGUGGAGAUCCCCCCCAUGCCGGUGACAGCGCCAAAGUGACACUCUACGACUCCAGCACUGCGUCGAUUUUGAAUAGCAGCAGUGCUGCCAUUAGUCCCGCCACCACCACUGCCAGUGCCCAAACUGCUGCCUCCAUGAACGCUUACCUGGUCGCGUUGCCUUGGCCGAAGGCGCUCGCCGUGGCCAUUUUCGUGCUGCUGAUCCUGGUGACGGUGGUCGGCAACACUCUAGUGAUACUGUCUGUGCUGACCACACGCCGGUUGCGCACCGUCACCAAUUGCUUCGUGAUGAACCUGGCCAUCACUGAUUGGCUUGUGGGCACGUGUGUGAUGCCACCUGCUGUUAUGCUCUAUGUUGUUGGCAGCUGGCACUAUGGUUGGAUCUUGUGCGACAUUUGGAUUUCACUGGACGUACUCCUCUGCACCGGCUCCAUACUGAGCUUGUGCGCCAUUAGUCUGGACAGAUAUCUCGCAGUGACUCAGCCUCUAGUUUAUUCCAAAAAACACCGUUCGAAGCGCUUAGCAUUGUUGAUGAUAUUCAUGGUGUGGGUGAUGGCGCUAUUAAUCACAUGUCCACCGUACUUGGGCUGGUACGAGCCGGGACGACGGCGGGAGGGUAAUGUCGUUUGCCGCUACAAUCAAAAUAAAGGAUAUGUGGUGUUUUCCGCAAUGGGCUCAUUUUUCAUUCCGCUCGCCGUCAUGAUGUACGUUUACAUGAAGAUUGGCUUCGUCCUUUCGUCGCGGAGAAUGCGCAUCGUGCGUGAUGCGAAGUCGGAGCGCACAGCGGACCAUGAUAUAGAUUGUGACAACUUCAUUUCCGAGUCGGAGCAUUAUCAAUGUGCCACGCCAAAGUUCCCCUCCUUCAAGUCGCGUUGGGGCAGUGGCCAUGCUGCUGGCAGUAACAACUGCUCCGCCAAAAAUCUCAGCCUGCAUUGCAGCAAAUGUAAUAAGUCUUAUCUGGGCAAUGUUAACGGCGGUAGCGGCAUUGUUGUUGGCGGUCUCAAGCACCAAGCAUCGUUCUACGAGUUGGUCGAGGUUUCACGUUUAACAUCGAUAAUUCAAUGCUCGGCAAUCAACUGCAAAUACGCCGGCGUCUGUAUGCAUUCCAGUGCGGUGGGUGUGCCGCUGGCCGAACGCCGCUCCUCCUCGUUGCCCAUGCAAGCUGUGCACUUCGUCGAGGAUGGCACGUCAUGUUCCGAUAAUUGUCUGGCGGCCAAUUCCACGCUGACCACUAGCAUGACCACGACAACGGGUUUAAAAUUCAAUCCGACGUUGGGACAAAAUCAACAACAAUCACACGCACAACAUUACCACAAUCACCACCAUCAUCCGCACCGCAUACCGAUGCGUGUGUCCACAACGAAGCGGGAUACGAAAACCGCCAAGACAUUGACCAUUGUUAUGGGCGGCUUCAUCGCCUGUUGGCUGCCGUUCUUUACCUACUACCUGUUGAUGCCAUUCUUGCCACCGCCAGCGGUGUUGGAGGGACUCAUGUCCUUUCUGACAUGGGUCGGCUGGGUGAACUGCGCCAUUAAUCCCUUCAUCUACGCCUUCUACAAUCCAGAUUUUCGCACCGCCUUUUGGCGUUUGACUUGUCGUCGCAUUUGCAAGCAGAAGACGCCACUCAACCAUAUGGCCAUGUUCCGGGGCUAAAAUGUUGCACGCAACAUAACCAACAAGACACCAGACAAGACAGUGGAUAUCUGCCGUAGGACAAUCAAAUUACAUUUUUUUCAAUAGCGAAAGAAUGCGCGGGUGUAUAUAAGUACAUGUGUGCAAGAGUAGUGCGGCAGUGUCACUGAAGGGCCGUCAAGAAGGAGCUACGAAGUGUAAAACUAAAAACAAGUGGAAAUAAAAACAAAAAAGACACAGCACAAGGGACAUAUUGAUAGUGGUCAGGGGCGUAUGACUAUAGGGGGUUUGUGGAAUUUAUUUCAAGCAGAUUGAAACAAGCAAGAAGCUGUCAUGUAGUUUCCAUUUUCCAUUUCGGCCGUAAGCGUUGUCAGUUGUUUGUGGCAGAACGCCUGAAAAGGACAAAUCGGCUAAGCAAGUCGAAGCUGAACGGUGGAAACGAGCAAUGAGGGAGAAGAUAAGCUGUUGACGGCAAAAUUAAAGCGUUGCCAUUUAGUUCCGUUGCGCAGCGGAGAUGUUUGUACCGCUACACCGCAGUCGGAAGUGGUGAAGGGAUCGCUUCGGCAGCAGAAAUGAAAAGAAAUUUAUGGCAGGUGCCUUUUCUCCUGAGAGCAUUUAAACGCUUGAAAAUUUACAAACGAGCAAACAAAGAUAAACCUUUCAUUUAUUUAUUAAAUAUUUAAGCACAAAUGGUCGCUGAAUAAAUUCUAAAACAAAAGCUUAGGUCCAUACAUAUAUAAAGAUACUAUAUAUAGAUCUAUAUAUAUUUAUAUAAAGUCUUAGCCAAUUUGUAGAACCAUAUUGCCAUAUACAUACAUACAUAUACAAAUUACUGUGUAAGCUUAGCUAAUUUUAUCCCUAAAAUAUAAAAGAAACUUUAACAAUGAGGCGAAAUAUAAAUAUAAACUUUUGUUUAGAAACUUGUACAAAAUGAUAUGCAUGUAAAUUUUUGUGUGUAACUGUUCAAUUCACUGUGUUCGUAUAUCGAAAUAUUUGCAAAAUUUGUGUGAACCUAAUACUAGAUUAAUAUAUACGCAGAAAAUAAACAGAUAUUAGGUCUUAAAAUAAAUUAUUUACUUGGCUUUUUAUAUUUAACACCCUUUCUAAGUACAUACACACAUACAUAUAUACAUCCUUAAUACUACUUGAAAACUGGCGUACUGGCAUUGCGCACCUCUAACCACGGCUUUCAAAAAUACUUCUUGCAGUUAUAAGAGUAAAAACAAAAAACUUUUAUUCUACGAUGAAUGAAAUGUAAAUACUCUUGUUGACUCCCAAGUUGAAGCAUAGUCAAUUUUAGCGCGUGGAAUUGAGAGCAGUGGAAAUUAAGGAAGGUAAUUUCGCCAUAGUUUCACAAUCAGUAAUAAGUGAUGACCUGAAGUUUGUGAAGACAGAUUUUUUAAGGUUUAAAAUUCUCAUAUAAACUAAUACUUAGUUCGCUAGAGACACGUCCAGCCACUGUUACAGCCAAUCUUAUUUUUUUAUAAAUCAUAUUAUUUGCCAAUUUAUAGUGUAGA